UAGCAUAUCGCUGUGUGCUAAUGUUGAUUGAGAAAUUUGAAAAUCUGGUUUGUUGAUUCGAAGUGAUUGUGCUCAAGUUUGAUACUCGGCCUUAUAAAAUAUUUUGAAUAAAGAGAAUGCCGCCGAGUAGUUUACGAGUCGUGUACGCGUUCGCAAGAGAAAUGCACCCAAAAACGACCGACAUUUUUAUUCAAUACGGUACUGCCGGAUUCCGUACAAAAGCCAGUCUCCUUGAACAUGUAGUCUAUCGCAUGGGACUACUUGCCGUUUUACGAUCGAGGUGUAAAAAUGGUCGUACGAUCGGAAUGAUGAUCACGGCUUCACACAACUUAGAACCAGACAACGGCGUUAAAUUAAUCGAUCCUGAUGGUGAAAUGCUCGAAGAAAGUUGGGAAGGGAUUGCUACAAGGCUCGCUAAUGUCAGUGACAAUGACUUAGAAUCAACAACUGCACAAAUCAUCAAGGAAGUCAACGCCGACAUGGCACUGAAAGCCAGUGUCUACAUUGGUAUGGACACCAGAUACACAAGUCCACGUCUGGCUGCCGCGGCUGUUCACGGUGUAAUGGCCUUGAAGGGGACCGCUAAAGAGUUUGGCAUUGUGACUACCCCCAUUUUACACUUUUGUGUAAAAUGUCGUAAUGAUAAUACGUAUGGGACGCCUACGGAAGAAGGUUAUUACGAAAAAAUUGUAGGCGCAUUCAAAAGUAUUCGCCAGAAGUUACCAGUCUGUGGUAAUUACAAUACCACAUUAUACGUGGAUGGUGCAAACGGUGUAGGAGGGAAGAAGUUAAAUAUAAUUAAGAAGACAUUGGACGGUGAACUCGACUUGGUCCUUUACAAUUUGGGCGGAAAUGGCGGAAAACUUAAUUUAAAUUGUGGCGCAGAUUUUGUGAAAGUAUCACAGAAGCCGCCAGUGGGCGUUGAACACGUACCUUACCAACGUGUAGCCUCUUUGGAUGGAGAUGGAGACAGAAUCGUGUAUUAUUUUGUUGAUGACAGUAACAAUAUGCAACUAUUAGAUGGAGAUCGCAUAGCAACAUUAUUCGCCAGUUACAUAACAGAGCUACUGAAAGGGUGCGAUGCGACGCACCUACGACUGGGCCUAGUACAAACAGCGUAUGCGAAUGGCGCCUCUACCAAAUACAUUACUGAGAACUUGAAAAUACCAGUAACGUGUGUGAAGACGGGUGUAAAACAUUUACAUCACGCAGCUUUAUCAUAUGACAUAGGAGUUUAUUUUGAAGCCAAUGGUCAUGGGACCGUAGUGUAUAGUGAUGUCACGAAAAGUACUAUCGCUAAAGUUGCUCAAGAGGGUGACACGGAACAAAGAAAAGCUGCUCAAUUAUUACUAAGUUUCAUCGACUUGACCAAUGAGACAGUUGGUGAUGCAAUUUCUGAUCUUUUCUUGGUUGAAACAGUACUUUGUGCCAGAGGACACGAUGUCAGACAGUGGAUGGAGACAUAUAAUGAUCUACCCUGUAGACAGCUGAAGGUUACAGUUGAGGAUCGCAAUGUUUUCAAAACAACGGACGCGGAACGAAAAUGUACGUCGCCGGAAUUGCUACAGGAACGUAUAGAUGCGUUAGUAUCUUCGUAUACCUGUGGGCGUGCGUUCGUACGUCCGUCCGGUACUGAAGAUGUUGUACGGGUAUACGCUGAGGCUGAUGCUCAAGAGUCUGCUGUUAAAUUAGCAGAGGAAGUAGCUCAGGCAGUUUACGACUUAGCAGGUGGAGUUGGGGAUAGACCGACUGUAUCGGCUUAAGAACUCGUAAAGCAUAAAGGUAAAUUGCUGUGGAAAAUGCUUAAUAUCAGGUUAUUUUCCAAGAACAUCAUCUCGGAAUAUAAAUUUAUUUUACCAUAAAACGUAAAUAAUAUGUAGUAGGGACAAAUUACAAUAUAAUAAGUUUAUAAUAAGAAUAUAUCCCUGCCUGGGUAAAAAAGACGUAAGAUUGUGUUCUUUUAUGUUAAGUAGUGUACAAAAUUACUUAUUUUUAUUAUGAAUAGUCUAAAAUUGCAAUUGUGGUGGCAUAACACGCUUUUAAAAAAGAAUUUAUUGAAAUGAAUAACUAUUUAUACAAAUAUUGUAUAGCUGAAGAAUUUGUUUGCCUCGCUAAUUUCAGGAACUUAUAAUCAAAUUGAAUAAUGUUUUGGUUUUGGAUAGUUCAUUUAUCUAACGCGGAUUAAAUUCUGGAUAAUUAAAAAGGACUUAAUUACAAUUACUAAUUAUUAACGCGCUAUCUUCUGUUUUAUUACCUAAAGAAUCACCAAUAAACUUUUAAUUAAAUUAAUUAAAUCCUAGCCUAUUCUGGACCAAAUGUUUUUUUAAAUGUAGACAAAUGUGAAUAUUUUAAAAAUUAUACACUAUAUACAUUUAUUAAUGUUAAAUAGAAUUGGAUUUAAAUGGUACUUACUGUCAGAAUAAUUUUGUGGCAGCUUUUUUUCAUGACAAAUAUGCCCGUCCAACAUAUUAUGAGGAAUUCUUAAUCUCUGACACAUUAUUUGCUUAUGUUUUACUACCAUGUAAGUGCCCAUUUUUUUUUCUAGUUCACGUGACUAUGUGUUAUGGUUUUCUAUUCAGGGUAAGAAGGAUAAGUAUUGACAUUUUACUUAUACAUAUAUUAAUAGUCCAUUUAGGAGUAGGACAACAAUAACUUUGAAAUAUUAUAAAGAAAUGUAUUUAGUAUGGAACAGAUAAAUAAGCAUAGAAAGGUAAUAUAAGCAAUUUAAUCAUAAAAUAAAGAGAACAACAAUUUUUGUUUAAAAUAAAUUUAUGGUUAACAGCCCUUAUUUGUCUAUUCCAUUAUUGUAUCUUUUCUGCAGUAUAUAAUAGUUAUUAAAAGUACCAUUAAGAGUGACAAACACAUGGUUAAUUUUUAGUAGCUUGUUUGAUGCAUGAUUCGGUAUAGCUCUAAAUUGAUUAGAAAACUAGUCUAUUGAGUAUAAGUAUUCAUUUAACUAGUCGCAAGAAUUUCUUAACAAAUGUUAAAUUGAGAUUUUCUCCACAAAGAAAAUAAAUUUAAUUAUUUGCCAGUUAUGUAAAUCAAUAAAAUUGCUCAUCUUUUGACUAGUAAUUAACUCUUAAUAAAUUCUCUAUUGUUCUUUGGUAUCAUUGUAAGAGCGAAUUAGUUUACCAGUAAGUUUUAUUAUUACAUAACUGCCAGAAUUCCAAAUUUUAUUGCUAGGGCCCAAUACAUUUUAUAAUGUACUGUGAUUGUAGUCUUGUAAUAAUUUUCACCUUAUAAGCUCUCUGCACAAUUAACAUAUAAAAUGGAGAUUUAUAUCAGGAUUUGAGAAUCCUUUAAACCAUAGCAAUUAUAAAGACUGGACAAAAGUGUUUUUUUGCCAAUUAGCAGAGAUUUAAGUAACUAAAUAAAGCUAAUAGAGGAUUUGCCAUUGUCCCAAAAUGAGUGAUCUUAUUAUUUUGUUCUAAUAAUUCAGUCAUCAUUAGUGCAAUUACAUGCAAUUGUAUGUAAACAUAUGCAUGCCAUUACUAUAGUAUAUAUUGAUUAUAUUUGUUUAUGCUGAUUGUAUUUUUUAUUUGGUGUGGAGGUGCAUACAUAAUGGUGCUGUUAUUAUGUUUUACGCAAGACUAAAUUAUAAAACGUUAGUAGUUAUUAGACACGGUUUAAAUCUCUGCUAGUUAGUUUUCUUAUAAAUUACUAAAAAGGUAUUUAAUUUUACUUUUUAAAUCUGUUAAACCAAGAUUUCUCAGGUCAUGUUAAUUCAGAAUUUCUUUAUUAUAAAGUAACAAUUAAAAUAUUUAUUAAUGUUUUAUUUUAAAAGCAUCCAUUAUUUAGGAAUCAAUUGAAAAAAUAGACUGCUUAUGAUAAUUAUUUUAAAAGUAAUUUACUUAAUUGAAUUUAUUUUAAAAUUAUUGAUUAUUUGAUAUUGCAACUAACCAAAUUUGAUGUAUAUAGAUUUUGUAUUGUUCUAAUUAACAUUAUUUUGUUUGGUAACAGGUAAAAUAUGUAAUAUAAAAGCAGGUUUCAAAUAAAUUAUGUUACAUUAAUAAAUUUAUAAUUGGAAAUAUGAACAGCCUUUACAAUUUUUCAAGGAAAAGAUCUUGUAUUGUAAUUUAUCUGAGGUGUUAUCUCCCACUACUGAUAGCAAAUACGUGAAAAAAUUAACCAACAUUGAUAAAAGAUAUGAGAUAGAAAAUGUUAUUUAUGUUUAUGUAGCUUUAUCUUGAGAUUAUCUUUAGAUACUGUAUAUGCAAAACAAUUUUAUGUUGAGUAGUUUUGAAUUUUAGAUCUUAAACACAAUUAGAAGCUACUACCAUUUACAAAGAAAUCACACUUAAAUAUAUUUAAAAAAAAAAUAAUUUCAAUUGCUUGAAAAAUUUUAUGUAUGAAAUAUUAAAUAAAAAAUGAUUACUUUAUGUAAAGCAUAUCAGAAAAUGUUGAUGUAUUUGUUAAAAUAUCAGCGUGAGGUUAACUGGUUUAUCUAUGUGCCUUUGUAAUUCAUUAUUUACCAUAACAUGAAUAAAUCUCUAAUUAAUC